GGGUCCCUCCCCUUUCUAAGCCCGACCAAUCGCGACGCUCUCCCUUCCCGGAAGCGCAGAUCUGUAACCGUGGCAACCGCGGCGAAGCUAUGUCCUUGGCUGCAAUUGGUCGAUUCAAACGCGCUUGCCAGAAAGAGUGAGGCUGGGAGAAGAGGCUUUUUUCUCACCUCCUGGACCAGCAAACUUCUAGGAUGCGGCCCGGGGAUGGGAUAAGCCUGAGCUUUUUGUCGCAGCAGCGGAUCCGGCAGCUGGAGCAACAGCUGCGCACAAAGCAAGAACGGAUCAUAGUGCUGGAAACAGAAAAUGCCCUUCUGCAUCUCAAGCUUGCAAAAAAUCAAGGAAUUAUUGGGAAAAUCUCAGGUGAAGAAGCAAAUGAUAGCUUUGCUUAUUACAAGCAACAGAAGUGUCAUGGAAGUGUCAGAUCCGUUAUAAUCCAGCUGCAUGAAGCCAUACAGAAACUGAAGCAAGACAUGAAGAAUCUCCGUCUGUCUGCCCUCACAUUCUCCAGAGAUGUCCAGCAUCAGGGCAAAACCUACCUUGGUCAGAUUUUGGCUGCUGUCCAAAGGCUUCAGCUGCAUAAUGAGGCUAUGCAAACCUUUCAGACCAGAGCCUUUGAACUUGAGCAGUCCUUGCAUGAAGUAAAUGAGCGAUACCAGAAAGAAAAACAAAGGAGAAAAGUAAUUCAUAACAGUUUAAUUGAACUAAGGGGAAAUAUCAGAGUCCAUUGCAGGAUCCGCCCACUGUUACCAUUUGAUACAACUCCCGGAGAGUCAGACUUAAAAGACAGGCAGAGAAGCAUCCCAGAAAAUGUGGUGUGUGAAGCUGAUGAUGAAACCAUCUUUGUAAAAUGCAACCGUCCCGGUCAUGCUUUGAUAAACAAGACGUUCCAGUAUGAAAGAGUUUACAGUGCUUCUGAGUCUCAAGUGACAGUGUUUGCAGAUGUAGCCCCUUUGCUAACAUCUCUGCUGGAUGGGUACAAUGUGUGCAUUAUGGCUUACGGACAGACUGGAAGUGGGAAAACACACACAAUGUUGGGUCCACAGUCUGAGAGUAAUUUCACUUUCUCCAUGGAAGACGAGCAAGACUUAGGAAUUAUUCCUAGAGCUAGCAAAGAAGUAUUCAGACUCCUUUCAGAAAAGCCGCUAGGAAGCCAUUGGGUUGAGGUUUCUGUCGUGGAAGUAUAUAAUAAUGAAGUUUUUGAUCUUCUGGCCAAAGACAGCUGUGGAAGAACAAGUGGUGUCAAAAGGGACAUAAUCACAAAUAAGGAAGGAAAAAGCGAUAUCCCACUUCUUACCCAUGAGCCUGUUGAAGAUGCUGUGGAGUUUUUGGAACUAGUUAAUAAGGGCUUACAACUGAGAGUCAAACACCCGACACUUGUCCACGCUCAUUCCUCUCGUUCUCAUCUUGUGAUAACCUUGACAGUAACCACAAAGGCUGACUCAGAGGAUAACUUGGCAACUCCCUGGGCAGGUGACCGUUCUAGUCCAAAGAUGGGUAGAAAACAUUUCCUCACUUCUCCUUGCUCAGUGAAAGAUGACAAGCCCUCCUUUCCUUCUAGAGCUUCUUCUCCGACGCUGUUUUUCAAUGAAUCUACAGAAAAACUUAAGCGAAUGAGAACAAAACUGCAGCUGGUGGAUUUGGCUGGCAGUGAAUGUGCUGGCAUGUCUGGUGUGACCGGGCCAGUCCUGAGAGAGACAUCCUUCAUUAACCGCAGCUUGUCUGCUUUGGCCGAUGUGCUUGGAGCCAUAUCAGAACAGCGCUCUCAUGUGCCAUAUCGAAACAGCAAACUUACCCAUUUGCUUCAGGAUUCCAUAGGGGGCGAUGCAAAGUUGCUGGUGGUGCUGUGUGUCUCCCCCAGCCAAAAGUAUAUCACAGAGUCACUGCAAACCCUGGGGUUCGGAUCUCGCGCACGGCAAGUUCAGAGAGGGCACGCAAAGAAAAGAAACCAACUAGCGCUGAGCAAGUCCAAAUAAGAAACACGGCUCCUGUGGAUUGAAGCAUUAUUAAUGAGUUCCUCAGACUGAAAUGUAUCUUGUUGUCAUAAAGCUGAAAACUGCCAGUUAAAAUAAGCACUCCAUAUUGGCAAGCCGUAAAAUUGCUUGGCAGUGUGUCUUUGUUCCAAGAAUAAUUGCAUGAGUUAACAAACAGCCACCACUAAGGGUAGAUGAGCAUGUCUAUCAUUCCUUUUUGGGGAAAGCAGUGGGAUGAUAAUGUUUUACAAGGCAAAUCAUUUUGGAAUAGCAAAACAAGGGCAGGAACGCGCGCCCCCCCAAAGCUGAAAUCUCUGUUACUUAGUGCUGCUAGCUAUCAAAGCAGAGUGACAGGAGAAUGCCAGACACAUUGCGGUGCACAGUGGGUGGCAUCUACCAUGAAGAAUUUAAUCAGGCUAGCUGCCACAACCCCUAGAUCUCUUUCCUGGUCAGUCACUUCCCGUUAGGACCCCAAAUGUAUAUAUGUGAAGUUAGAAUUUUUUGUCCCUGUGUACAACACUUGACAAUUGCUUAGGCUGAAUCACACCUGCCAUUCUAAUUAUAAUUCACCCAGGUUGGAGAUAUCCUUUUGGAGCUCCUCACAAUCUCUUUUUGUUUUAACCACCCCAAACAGUUUGAUAUUAUCAGCAAACUUGGCUACUUCACUGCUCACUGCCAACCCAAUUACUGUAUGCUGGUCUCCGACCGUAAUAAAUUAUCUAUCUGCCAACCCAAGUAAGGAAAUUUGUCAUGUAAUUUCCCUUGGCAUUGAGCACAGAGGAGUAAACAUUUGGUUGGAUAUUUUUAUUAAGGAGAAAACAGGUAAUUAAAAUUUAGCUUCAGAAGAGAGAAUAAUCCUGCUCAGAGCUUUACAACAUAUCAGGGUCUCAAGUGAUUUUUUAAAAAAAUAUUUUGGUCACAAAAUAAAUUGGCUGUAAUUUCCUCAUAUCUAAUUUCCUUAAUCUGAUUUAAGGAUACUAUGACAUCUUGGAUAAUAAGGACAUUGUUGCUGAGUUGCCACAAGGGGAUAGUCCAGGGAUGAAGAAACUCCAGAUCUCGCUCUGACCUCUGGGAGGCUUCCCAGGUCAUGUUUUUUGUUUGUUCGCUUGCUUCCUUGCUUAAAUUUCUAUCCUGCCCUUCUUCCAAGAAUCACAGGGUAGUUUAUAAUAUAAAAACACAAAAAUACAUAACAUUGUAGUCAGCAAAAACAAUAACACCCACACCACCUUUGUGUGUGUGUGUGUGUGUGUGUGUGUGUGUGUGUGUGUGUGUGUUUGCCUGGCUGAAACAUGUCCUUGAACUCUUGCUUUUCUGUAAGAAAGAUGGGAGUCUGUGCGUGGAAACCUCUGGCUGCUUUUGUGCAGCUGUAAUGUAACCUACUGUGUAAAGGUAAGAGUCACAUCCAUUGUUAUGUCCACUUUUGCAUCAGGCUCUUCCCACCACUGUUAUGUGGUUCCCUACCCCUGGAUUAGUCCAUAUCACAUGCCAUUUCUCUCCUUAUAAGGAGCCACAUGGACAAAAAUAAAUGAUGUUGGCCAUACAUGACCACCUGAUUCACAGGUUGCAUUUGGCGACAUGACAGUCAAUGAACCAAGGACUGUAUCAGUAACCAGAAUGUAUGAAAUUAAUCUUUCCGUAAUCAGAAUCGUCAUGACAACUCCAUGAGGUUGGUUAGAUGAAGGGUGGGGAUUGGCUUAAGGCAAAUUUCACAGCUAUAUGUGAUUUCAUUCUCCCUGGUCCAAAUCUGCCAUUCAGUUCACACAGUGUCAAGGAAGAACAUGUGAACAUCACCCAAUUUUAACAUUUCUGUAGCAUCUUCCAGCAAGAGAAUCACCAAAUCCUUCUGUAUGUUGGGUUGCACACUUGUGGCAAGGAGAGAAUUGGCAGAAACAAGCAAUAAGCUCUCCCUCCCUAAGGACUUUCUGCUGCCAUCUUUGCUGCACAUGGUGAUUUAGAGCAUGUGGACAAUAUGGCAGCAGGGAAACAGUACUAAGCAACUUUAAAGAUCAAGAGAUUCGGUGGUAUGUGGUGGGACUUUAAUAACAUCUCAUUUGUUUUAUGUUCUGUUUUAAUGCUCUAUGGAGGCCCAUGAUUCAUUCUUUAAAAAAAAAAUAUUUUAAAAAUGCCUCAAGUGAUCACAACUGCCUCCAGACUUGGGAUAGAGGUCAUUGGCGGGUCACUGCAAGGAGACUUAAAUUGCAAUUUGCCGACCCAGAAGACUGGAGCUUAUAGCACUCCAAGUCUCUUAACCUUCUUGAGCAUAAAUAUUUACCCAGAAAUUUUAUAGCAUGCUCCAAUUGGAAUUUCACCCUUCAACAUGUACCAGCUGCUGCAUUAUGCAGGGAGCUGUAUGUGGUCUGGUCUCUGACCUUUCCGAGUGUUUGAAUUGCGGUGACAUGAAUGUACACCGCAGUGUAAAGAAUAGGUGCCUACAUUUGCCUUUUACCUCAAAUACAAGUAUACAUGUAAGCAUACCUGUAGUCUCAAGAAAGUGUGCAAGGGUUGCUAUUUUCCCAUAAUUCCAAUGAACUUAACAUACAUAGCACUGAAGAGGAACAGACAACAUUUUGGCAGAUUCUCUGGAUCACAAAUGAGCACUUUCUGCUACUUAAGAGUUUUUAUUUUUGUCUAAUGGUGACAAAUGAAUAAUACAUUUGACUUCUUCGUUAUGCCCUGGGUUGAAAGCACUCCUCCUCCCCUCAGUCUAUUUCUAGCCAGUAAGAUAUUUCAAGAGAAAAGUUUCAAAAUAUGGGCAUUGGCUGCUUAAAACCCAGGAGCGUUAUAACUCUCUCAUCCACACUCUGGGCUGCUGAAAUGCCCACUUUGCUUGUGGUUGCUCAAAGAGAUGCAACAACCCUCUAGACACCACGUGGCUGUCUCAGGCAGUCUUUGUGUGGCUUUGAUGUCUUGGUGUGAACGGCCCAGCUAGGUGUGAGUGAGUGUUUUUUCUCUCCUCCUUUAGCCCGGCUGAUGGUGUACCUAUUUUUAUCCUGGGAUGAAAGGCUUACUCUUUCUUCCAUUAGAUUAUCACCUCCAACAUCUGUUCUGCUUCACUUGCUUCUUCUUACAAUGGGACUGAGAUGGACACAACCGUCUGCUAGCACUCUGCUGUGUGCAAGAUUCCUUCAGAGCGACAAUGCAAGCUGCCAUUUCUGCCUCUUCCCGUCACCGAUUCAGCCAUUUGCAAAGGAAUGCAAAAGGCCAAAAUGAGAUAUUGGGGACAGAAAUGUAGCAUCUUGAGAGGUUUGAGCCUCUAUUAAUAGCUCUUCUGAAUGAAAUGAUGCAGGCAGUGCCUGAUGGAACGUCAGAAGUUUAAGGGGUGAUAUGAUAGCCAUGUUCAAAUAUAUAAAAGGAUGUCAUAUAGAAGAGGUUGUUUUCUGCUGCUCCAGAGAAGCGGACACGGAGCAAUGGAUUCAAGCUACAAGAAAGAAGAUUCCACCUAAACAUUAGGAAGACCUGUUUGACAGUGAAAUUUGCUGCCAAGGAGUGUGGUGGAGUCUCCUUCUUUGGAGGUCUUUAAGCGGAGGCUUGACAGCCAUCUGUCAGGAAUGCUUUGAUGGUGUUUCCUGCUUGGCAGGGGGUUGGACUGGAUGGCCCUUGUGGUCUCUUCCAACUCUAUGAUUCUAUGAUUUUAAGUGACAGGACUCCUGGGUUGGUUGGUACUAUGCAUCCCAUAAUAUGGAAAUGUGUUAGAUUUGCAUACUAUACUUGCUUUAUGCAUAGAACAUAAAUUUCAUGGGCAUAGAUUGUGCAGUGUGUAUGUGUAGGGUAUAAACUGACCUGAAGGCAGAACUCCAGAAACAGAAGGACAAUAACAUAGUAUUUCACCAAGUGGCAGUUUCUACUUAAAUUGUAGUGUACAAAGAUCAGUGUAUUUCAGGCUUGCUGUGAAAUCUGAGCCAAGGUUGCAUGGGGGACCCAGAAGUGAUGGGAUGUCUCCAGUGAUUUCUGGAGCCAGUGUGGUGUCCUGGUCAGAGUGUUGGACUAGGACCUGGAAGGCCAGGAUCCAACUCUCCACUCAGCUGUGAAGCUCACAGGGUGACACUUUCAGCUGAAUUUACCUCUCAGGGUGGCUGUGAGGAGAAAAUAGGGAAGACAAGUACCGGUACUAUGUAUGCCACCUUGAGCUCCUUGGAGGAAAGGGGGAAUAUAGAUGCAAUUAAUACAUACUUAACUAGUGGGCCAGUUUUGACUGGGCAGGAGCAAAGCAGACAUAUAGGAUUCCCUAUUUUCCACAGACUCCUGUUGAAGAUGGGGUACAUGCUUGAGCAGAAUCGCCUACACUUGUGUCUUAAGUCCAUAAAAGAUCCCAGUGCGGAUGGAUGGCUGAAUCUUAAGCAAAACAAGGUGGAACUCAACUAGUGUAGAUGUGACUGAAUGUUGGACACAUGCAUAAAGUCAAAGACAAAUGUCAGGGCAGAAUUCUCUGGUUGUGUUGGAGUGUAAUGUUAGCCUAAGUGAUGCUAGCACAUGCUAUAUGUGGAAGGGGUCAUAUACCAUGGCUCACUAUUUAUCCAAUAGCACCCUGGAAUUCUGAUAAGGAAAAAGGUUUUACCAAUAUCCUAAAUGGGCUGGAGUUUUAAGGUGCUUGUAGGUGCUGGAGGAGACUCUUGAGAGUCCCAUGGACUGCAAAAAGAUCAAACCUAUCCAUUCUGAAGGAAAUCAGCCCUGAGUGCUCACUGGAAGGACAGAUCCUGAAGCUGAGGCUCCAAUACUUUGGCCACCUCAUGAGAAGAGAAGACUCCCUGGAAAAGAUCCUGAUGUUGGGAAAGAUGGAGGGCAAAAGGAGAAGGCGACGACAGAGGAUGAGAUGGUUGGACAGUGUUCUUGAAGCUUCGAACAUGAGUUUGACCAAACUGUGGGAGGCAGUGGAGGACAGGAGUGCCUGGCGUGCUCUGGUCCAUGGGGUCACGAAGAGUCGGACACGACUAAACAACAACAAAGGUGCUGCUCCAAACCGCUAAUUCACAUGGAUGUGCUUCUAUCGACUCUGUGCACAUGUGUUGUCCAUCUGUCCUCUCUGGGAAGGGGGUUCUAAUCCUACAUUCAUUCAUACCAAGGUAUCACUAGAGCACUCACUGUACAUCGACAAAAAUUUGAAGAGUUGCUGUCACUCAGAAUAGAUCGCAUCAGGUGUGAUGGAGCAAUGGUCUGAUUCCAUGGGUCUAUUUGGAACCUUUGUUUGGAUUAAAUAGUCUCUUGGUCCUUUCAAGUUUUUGUGUUCAGGAAACUACUACAGCUGUAGCAGGCUUUGUACACUAUUUUACUGCCUUUGUCCUUCAAGCAGCAUCUCCUUGCAAUAUCCCAGCUCUGAAUUUACUUGUCAGCUACUGCUAAACGGCUCGUGGUUUGAAGAGGUUUACACCUCUUGCCUCUUUUCUGUUGCUGCUCUUUACACCCUUCCAUUCCUGCUCUUUGUUCAGAGCUACUACCACUAAGAAAAAGAAAAAGCCCUUAGACAUUGGAACUUGUGCCGGAUGCUUUGAAGAUGGAAUGGAACAAGAAGUUAAAAGGAAGUUUCCUUUCCCCUUUUCAGAUAACAUUUUUAAACGAUCAUAGGUCUUUCUGGUGGAUUUCUUCACUAAG